AGGUCCUGCUGGGGACUUGCAUCUGGCCUCAAUGUGAAAUUAAGGUAGAAAAACACAUCUACAUAUGUGUUUGCUAUUAGGAUUUAGUUUAUUCACUGGUCAUGCCUGAAGAGUGAUGUUCAUCCCUAGACGGCUAACUGCCAGGAAAUAUAAAUGAUUGUCCUAGAAGUCAAGCCUCCCUCCUAUUUACUGGAGUGAAAAUCACCUCCAGAUAUCGACGGAAUAUCAACUACAGAAAAUGCUUCACGUUAUAAGGAUGCCAACCACCUAGAUUCAUGCGCCCUAUCUGUACAGUUGUUGUGGAUGGUUUGCCAUCUGAAAGCUCCUCAAGCUCUUAUCCAGGCCCUGUAUCUGUUUCUGAAAUGUCUCUGCUACAUGCUUUGGGUCCAGUGCAGACCUGGCUGGGACAAGAGCUAGAGAAGUGUGGCAUUGAUGCCAUGAUUUAUACUCGGUAUGUCCUCAGUCUUCUGCUGCAUGAUAGCUAUGACUACGACCUGCAGGAACAGGAGAAUGACAUCUUCCUGGGCUGGGAAAAGGGAGCUUACAAGAAAUGGGGAAAGAGUAAGAAAAAGUGCUCUGAUCUAACACUAGAGGAAAUGAAAAAACAGGCUGCUGUCCAGUGUCUUCGCUCUGCUUCUGACGAAAGCUCUGGGAUUGAAACGUUAGUGGAGGAGCUUUGCUCCAGACUGAAAGACCUUCAGAGUAAGCAAGAGGAGAAGAUUCACAAAAAGUUAGAAGGCUCUUUGUCUCCUGAGACUGAUUUAUCUCCCACUGCAAAGGAUCAAGUAGAAAUGUACUAUGAAGCAUUUCCUCCUCUUUCUGAAAAGCCAGUUUGCCUGCAGGAAAUUAUGACUGUAUGGAAUAAAUCCAAAGUAUGCUCUUACUCUAGCUCCUCAUCUUCAUCCACUGCUCCACCAACUAGCACGGAUACAUCUUCUCCAAAGGACUGCAAUAGUGAAAGUGAAGUAACUAAAGACAGAAGUAAUAAAGUAUCUGCCACUGUACAGGAAAGAACCCAGCAGAAGAAAAGUAAAAAUGAGAAAGAAAACAAGUUUAGUAACAACACUGUUGAAGAGAAGCCUGUUUUGUACAAAAAGCAAGUCCGACAUAAGUCUGAGGGAAAGAUGCGUCCUCGCUCCUGGUCAUCUGGAUCCAGUGAGGCUGGCUCAAGUUCUAGUGGUAAUCAAGGUGAAUACAAGGCAUCAAUGAAAUGUAUUAAAGUAAGACACAAAACAAGAGAGGUUCGAAAUAAAAAAGGGCGUAAUGGGCAAAGCAGGCUUUCAGUGAAAUCUGGUGAAAAGGCUGAUAGAAAAGUCCACAGCGGAAGCAGUAGCAGCAGUAGCAGCGGGUCCAUCAAACAGCUGUGCAAAAGAGGUAAAAGGCCAUUAAAAGAAAUUGGAAGAAAAGAAGCUGGCGGUAGCGAUGGAAAAGAUUUGUAUUUAGACAGCAGAAAUGAAAAGGAAUAUAAAGAAGAACCCUUGUGGUAUACUGAGCCGAUUACAGAGUACUUUGUUCCUCUUAGCAGAAAAAGCAAGCUGGAGACUACAUACCGCAACAGAGAAGAUGUAUGUGGCGUAACAUCAGAGGCUGUAGAAGAGUUGUCUGAAUCAGUGCACGGUCUUUGUAUUAGCAACAAUAAUAUUCAUAAAACAUACCUCGCAGCAGGUACUUUCAUCGAUGGUCACUUUGUAGAAAUGCCUGCAGUUCUAAAUGAGGAUAUUGACCUCGCUGGGACCUCAAUAUGUUCUCAACCAGAGGACGACAAAUAUUUAGAUGAUGUUCAUCUGUCAGAACUAACACACUUCUAUGAAGUGGAUAUUGAUCAAUCCAUGUUGGAUCCUGGUGCCUCAGAUACGAUGCAAGGGGAGAGUCGGAUUUUAAAUAUGAUUCGACAAAAGAGUAAAGAAAAAACUGAUUUUGAGGCAGAAUGUUGCAUAGUGUUAGAUGGAAUGGAGUUGCAAGGGGAAAGUGCAAUAUGGACAGAUUCGACCAGCUCUGUUGGUGCUGAAGGGUGGUUCUUGCAAGACCUUAGUAAUUUAGCUCAAUUUUGGGAGUGCUGUUCAUCUUCUAGUUCUGGUGAUGCAGAUGGGGAAAGUUUUGGAGGAGAUUCUCCGAUCAGAUUCUCUCCCAUCUUAGACAGCACAAUGCUUAAUUCACACAUGCUUGCUGGCAAUCAAGAGCUCUUUUCAGAUAUUAAUGAAGGGUCUGGUAUAAACUCUUGUUUUUCAGUGUUUGAAGUGCAAUGCAGUAACUCUGUUUUACCAUUUUCUUUUGAAACACUCAACUUGGGAAAUGAAAAUGCAGAUUCUAGUAGCACUGCUAAUAUUCUUGGGAAAACACAGUCUAGAUUGCUAAUAUGGACCAAAAAUAGUGCCUUUGAUGAAAAUGAACACUGUUCCAAUCUUUCAACAAGAACCUGUAGUCCAUGGUCACACUCAGAAGAAACACGUUCAGACAAUGAGACUUUAAAUAUUCCAUAUGAAGAAUCCACGCAAUUUAAUGCAGAAGAUAUUAAUUAUGUAGUUCCUAGAGUGUCUUCGAGUUAUGUAGAUGAAGAAAUUCUAGAUUUUUUGCCAGAAGAAACCUGCCAGCAACAAGCUAGAACUUUAGGAGAAAUGCCCACUUUGAUUUUCAAAAAAAAAUCUAAGCUAGAAUCUGUCUGUGGUAUUCAGCUAGAACAAAAAGCAGAAAGUAAAGACUAUGAAACUACACAAGGGUGUAGUGAAAGCAGUCCACAUGGAGAUGGCUACAGCUCAGGGGUUAUUAAAGAUAUUUGGACAAAUAUGACAGACAGAAAUUCUGCAGCAAUGGUAGAAAUAGAAGGAAUAGAAGAUGAAUUGUUUUCAACUGAUGUAAAUAACUAUUGCUGCUGUUUGGAUACAGAAGCAAAAGUUGAAACCCUCCAGGAGCCCAAUAAAGCAGUGCAGAGAUCAGAAUAUCAUCUUUGGGAAGGUCAAAAGGAGAAUUUAGAGAAGAGAGCCUUUGUCUCAAAUGAUUUAUCAAAAGUAGAUGGUGGUGACUAUACUACACCAUCAAAACCUUGGGAUGUUAACCAGGAUAAAGAAAACUCAUUUAUACUUGGUGGUGUGUAUGGGGAGCUCAAAACAUUUAACAGUGAUGGAGAAUGGGCAGUGGUGCCACCUAGUCACUCAAAAGGGAGCUUAUUACAAUGUGCAGCUUCUGAUGUAGUGACAAUAGCUGGUACAGAUGUUUUUAUGACUCCAGGUAAUAGCUUUGCCCCUGGUCAUAGGCAAUUAUGGAGGCCAUUUGUAUCAUUUGAACAGAAUGAGCAAUCAAAGAAUGGAGAUAAUGGAUUAAAUAAGGGUUUUUCUUUUAUCUUCCAUGAAGACUUACUGGGAGCUUGUGGUAACUUUCAAGUUGAAGAACCAGGGCUUGAAUACUCAUUCUCUUCCUUUGACCUGAACAAUCCAUUUUCACAAGUUCUUCAUGUAGAGUGUUCGUUUGAGCCAGAAGGAAUUGCAUCUUUCAGCCCUAGUUUUAAACCUAAGUCAAUUCUGUGCUCUGAUUCAGACAGUGAGGUUUUACACCCCAGGAUAUGUGGUGUUGAUCGAACGCAGUACAGGGCUAUACGGAUUUCUCCAAGGACUCACUUUCGCCCAAUUUCUGCAUCUGAACUUUCUCCAGGUGGUGGAAGUGAGUCAGAAUUUGAGUCAGAAAAAGAUGAGGGAGGUAUUGCUGUCCCUUCUCAAGUAGAUGUAUUUGAGGAUCCACAAGCAGAUCUCAAACCUCUGGAAGAAGAUGCAGAAAAAGAAGGGCAUUAUUAUGGAAAAUCAGAGCUUGAAUCUGGAAAAUUCCUUCCCAGAUUAAAAAAGUCUGGAAUGGAGAAGAGUGCACAAACAUCAUUGGAUUCCCAAGAAGAGUCGGCUGGGAUGUUGCCAGUAGGAAACCAAGAUCCCUGUUUAGAAUGCAGUAUGAAAGAAUCUCUAGAUGGGAGGGCGAUGGAGAGCUCUAAAGUAAACUGCAGAAUAGUGGAGCCACGUGAGGAGACUAGCAGGUUUUGCAGUUGUAAAGCAGGGUGCCAUUUCCCCACGUACGAGGAUAAUCCUGUUUCUUCAGGAGAGCUUGAAGAGAGAAUGAGUGGCAGCCAGGAAAAGCAAUGCUGGUGGGAAAAGGCGCUCUAUUCUCCCCUUUUUCCUGCAUCACAGUGUGAAGAAUGUUAUACAGAUGCCAAGGGAGAGAAUGGUGUAGGAGAAUUUGCAGAUGUAAAGGAAAUAUCCAAUGAUGAUGAACAUCUUUUAGAUUUUAAUAUGGUUUCUUCUGUUUAUGAAGCAAGAUGUGCAGAUGAUAUAAAUGCUGAGGCAAAACCAAAUGGCUUCAGGAAGAAGAUCUACUCCAGUGAUAGCUCCAGCUCUGAAGACACAGCUUCAGAAGGUGGAAGUGAAUGGGCUGAUCCGUGUGAGGAGGAGCUUUUUUCUCGAACUCAACUAUAAAAACUGCAGAGUAGAACAGAUGAUUGAAAAGUAACAUGAGAUGGAAAACUAUCCUUCUUGAGGGUCUGUAGCUCUAAAACAACAACUUGAGUUUCCUCUUCAGUUAAUGGAUUCAGAUGUGUAUUUAUCUUUCUCUUCUUGCUUAUUUUAUAGAUGAGGACACAGCUGUCCUGUUGAAGAUUCCCCCCUCCCCCCCAAAAAAAAAACCCUGUUAAAUUCUUGGCUAUUUGAACUAGACUAGAUUGUGUUGUCAAAUCAAGAAUGGAUGUGCAUGUGCUUGUCUUAGUAGUACCACUGCUUUUUUGCAUCUUAAUUGCAGUUAUUUUCAUUCGUAACUGUAGCCCUACCACUAUUACUAUCUUCUUAGCAUCGCAGUGUCUACAACUACUUCUGCUAUUCAGCGACUUCAGCUUUCUGCACAUUAGGCUUUGUUCUUUAAGAACUGGGAGAUAAAUACUUAACACUGUAAUCUAUCAGUGCCUUUCUGAAUGCAGGAGAAAAGCAUGAAUGACUUGUCCAGUCUUCAUUCGGUAAAUCUCGUAACUUUGAAGUAGGAACGACAGGGUUGUGCUUUAGAGACUUACAGAAACUGUGUUUUCUAUCCUAUGAUUCCCCCCUCCCGCAAACCAACACUGAGGA